CGCACGGGCGCACGGUCGAUUUUCGCCUCCCGCAUACUGGGGAGUCCCGUGCCUGUCACCAAAACCAGAACACAGGGCGCGAGCGCAGCUGUGUCAGCGCAUGAAUUAGAGGAAAAACUGACCACCAACCUCCCUUCUACACAUUUUUGUUCCCCCUUUCCUUUUGUGUUUUUGCUUUCCCAUUUUUGUGGGUGCAGAUAUUUGCUGUGAGCCAGAGGAGCGGUUUCUCCGCUGAGUCGCACGAGACGGUGGCGCGCGACGGCAGAAGGAGACAGCGUUUACACUGAUGUGGAAGGACUGUCUCCCUCCGACGCGGGGAGCCCAGAUGAAGGGGGAACGCUGCUCGCUGACGGCUGCAGCCGUCGAGUCAAAUGCUCCAUGACCCGCGCGAGGAGAGGAGCGAAGCAUCGCCACUGACAGCCGCGCGAGCUCACAGCACCGCCAGCCAGCGUUGACACCGCAACAACUCCAGCAGCCAGCGCGAGCCCCCAGACUCUCUCUCUCUCCUGCAACCAUGGGCAGAAGACAGGAGCAGAGGGGAGACAGAGAAGUAUGUGAGCUCUCCACUGCAGUAUUGAUGACCCAAUGAUCCCCUGCAGAACAGAGCCAGUCAGGCAGACAGAGGGAGGCUCAACUCAGAAUCAAAAUCAGAAUCAGCGCCACUCUUCGGUAAAAGCAGCCAAUUUAGCAGGAUAUGAAUGGUACUUGAAUCUUUUUCCCAGCUCCUAUAGGAAGACAACUAAAAAGAAAAAAACAUUCAUUUUCACACAGUGUCAGCAGCACUGUUUUUCUCCAUCGUUACCAGCAGGACUGUCCACUGAAUGAGUAGGUUGUCAGAUCACCUACACUCAGGCCAAACUGGGGCUCCAGUGUGCUUUAGUGGGACUCAGGCAAAAGAAACAGCAUUUGUAGGGGGGCUGGAGGGGCUGGCAGGCCCAGAGGUCUGGACCAGGGAGCUUGGGCCCCAAGAGGGGUCCCAGGAUCCCUUUAACGAUGGACUGGCACCACUGACCUCUGACCAUUUCCCCUCCUCCUCUCCUGCUGCCCUGGCAAACGGCCUCCCUCUACAGAGAAGGCUUGGGCUCAACACUUGCCGGCGGAGACAGCUGGAGACUCAUACCACGCCUGAGGCGCAUACAUUUGCAGAGACUUUUAGAAACAUGCAAACGCACAUAGACCCAGAUGUGCUUUCACAUGAACACCUGGAUAAUUGUGGGCAAAUGGAUAUAAACGCACAAAUGAUAUCGGUAAGACCAGAAUGCUCAAGAACUCUUACUCCAGAGGCCAUAAACACAACCUCACCUCAAACUCUGUCUUUGGCACUUGGCAAUCAUUCAGCCUCUACCAAUCAGGUGGCAGCACCAGUCCUCAGUGCAGAGACAGACAUGCCUUCAACCUUUUGUCCAAUCACUAUUGAUCAAAACCCAAACACAGUCUCAUCUGCUCUUCCUGUGGAGGCAGAGAAAAAGUAUGCACUCCGCAGUUCUGGACGUCCUCGAUUUCCAUGUCAUCUCCGCAAGUCGUCCCGCCUCCGGCGAAGUAUGGAGGAUGGGGAAAAGAAAGUAGGAAAGGAAAAAGAAGAAGAGGAGGAUGAGGUAUUAGAGGAGAAGAUUUGGAGUGUUAAAGAAGAGGAGGUUGCUGUCGGUGAGAAACAAGAAAACUCCUCUGUGGAGGCUGUUCUCCCUGCUGCUCCCUGCCCUACAGACAUUCCUCUUGCUUUAACUGUUCCCAAACCUGUCCCUAAAGCUAUACCUAAACCUGGGCCAAGACUUGGGCAUAGACCUGGACCUAAAUCCAGAUCAAGGCCUGGACCUAAAUCUGUCCAUAAAGCAGCUCCCAAAAGUGUCAUGAAAAGGCGACAGGCAGCCCAGUCUUUGGCUAAUCAACUUUCCGCUCAUCUUGCAUUUGCAAACACAUCCUCCAUCCCUUCACCCCUGCUAACUGUGAGGGGGGAACCUGCUGGAACGUUGGGAGUAACUCCUAUCAACAACAAGAAACGUUAUGUUGGUGUGAGGAGAAUUGUUGUCAAGGUGGCUCGCAUCCCUGUCAGCCUUAGCCGCCGACAGAAAAGCUACAAAAUUUCCAAUUUGGAGACAUCUACAGGGACAGAUAAAGUCAAUGAUGGUGGUUCAGAGGGCUCAGAAGCAGUACGAGAGCCGACUGCACUUCUACGCAUGAAGAACAAUGGGAAGAGUGUUAUGGUGAUGUUCCCUCCUGGAGAAAUGCCCGUAAUUCUCAAACGAAGGCGGGGGCGACCACCUAAACAGGCCCAGCCGGGAAUACCAGGAGAGCCUCUGAAUGUGGGGGCUGCUGCUGGUAAUGCAGACCAGCCCAAGAAGCCCCAAAGGAGACGUCGGACUAAACUCCCCUCCCCUUAUCCUUCCUAUGUUAAUGAUACUAAUGAUGUGAAAACAGAGUAUGGGGAUGUUCUUUCCAAACUGGCCUUUUUAAACCGCCAGCCCCCUGCCACUGGCCGCUCUUCUCCUCCUCGCUGUUGGACACCCAGUGAGCCAGAAAGCUUUCAUAUGCCUUUGGAAAACCCUGGAAUAUCCACCCUGCUUCAUCGGCUAACUGGGACUAGACGCCCUAGAGGGGGCAGAGGAGGGGGCCUUGGAAGGGGUGGAGGAGCAGCAGGGGGGAUUGGGGGCAGCGAGCGCAAUAAGAGCACUUUCAGUGACUUCUUUGAGUCCAUUGGAAAGAAGCGGAAACUGAGCCCUCUGUCAGAGUUUGGUUUACCAAGAAAAAGGGGAAAGGGUGCGGGUGGGGUGGGUAGAGGAGGGGGUAUUGUAGGAACAGAGCCUGGGGGAGAGAAAAUAGUAAAGAAAAGACGAGCAAGAAAAAAUGGUGCAUUCAAAGGAGAGGGAGUUUCAAUGGGUCAAGACUGGCCCAAUGGGGCAGGUGGUUGGGGGGAGGAUGGGGGAAUGGGCAAAGACAGAGGUUUAGGUGGGUAUCAGUUCUGUGGAUCACCAAGAGGGGGGUUUUCCUCCUGUGAGGUUAGGAGGGGAGGUGUUUACAGCAGUCAAGGAGGAAAUAGAGGGGCUGGACCAGCUGGGGACGACUCACAAGGCCUUUUUGCUGGAUAUUUCCGGUCACUGCUUGACUCAGAUGAUUCGUCUGACCUGUUGGACAUUUCCUCCUCACAGUCAGACCCCCGCAAAGCUUCAUCUACUCCUGGUUAUGAGCCAUCCAGUCCAGCAACAGGGCAUAGCUGGUCCCCAGCAUUCCCCAAGUGGGGCAGCAAAGGUGCAAAUUCUGGGGUGGAUGGCUCAGCCCAAACCAACUGCCCCUCAGCCAGGCAGCCAUAUAGUUAUGGAAGUCUGGCACAAACAUCUCCAACCACUUCUACCUAUACCAAAUCCACUCCCCCUUCUCUCUCACACUCCCCCAGCUCCCCCCACCCUUCCUCUUUUGGCCACUACUCUCCUGGUUACUCCUCCUCUUCUCCUGCAGUGCCACAGAGAUCCUCAGACUGUAGCUUUGCAUAUGGAUCUGGACAAGGCAGUGGCAAGGCCAGUGCUGCUGGACAAAUGGGUUUCUCUAAUUAUCAGACAGGAGCCAAGCGUGGCUUUAGUGGAUACUCUGCAGCAGGGCAUCCCUCCAUGGUGAGGGGAGAGUCAACAGGACCCACAUCACCAGGAGGAGGCUACAUGUCUGUGGCAAAAGGUAGCCCUUUCAGCUCCUCUUCCUCUCCUGAAGGUUACAAACAUUGCAACUCCAAUCAGUGGGGCUACAGACAAGGUUAUGGUGGAUGGUCAACAGACGGCUUUGGACAUCAAUAUCAUGGCUACAGUGAAUAUGGCUCCAAUGAGUCCAAAGACAUCUUGGAUAUCUCAAACUACACCCCCCAGAAGGCCAAGCGACAACCUUUUCAUGAAAGCCUUUCAGAAUCUUCUUCAGACUCUUCACAUCUUGGCUCUGCAGCCACUGGUAGUGGACCUGGCUCCACAAGUGGCAUGUACAAACACAGUGAGGCCGCAUCUGUUGGUGGAGAGGGGGGUCAGUCAAGUCUGUCCAGCCUGGAGAAAUUAAUGAUGGACUGGCAUGAGAGUGCUUCAGGGCCCUCAUAUAACUGGAGCCAGAAUGUCCUAUUCCAGGGUGGAGGGACUGGUAAACCUGGCCGCGGACGCAGGAAACGGAUUGACCAUGAAAAAGAAGGGGGCUCUUCUUUACUCUCUGAUUCCCCAUCAAGUCCCUCGCCAACCUCUACUCCUGGACCUAGGCGAGGACGGGGCAGAGGUUCUAGAGGAGGUAGAGGGGGUUUGUCUCCAUGUCAAAGAGAGCGACCUACAGGGGCCAAAGGCAGGGGCAAGGCUGCUUCCACAUCAGCAGUGGGAGCAUCAUUGACUACCGGAGGUCCAGAAAUGUCUGGGCUGUUCCAUGAGGGGCUGGACUACUACAGUGGAGACAGCAGUAGCCUCUCCCCCCUUGCCACUCCCAAUCCUGCUCCACCCUCCACCUACCUUCCAGACCCCAGUGAGUAUCCCUCCCCCUAUUCUGCCCAUCCCUCCACACCCUCCUCUGAGGAGCGAUAUCCAGCCUUGUACCCUGGAGAAUCCUCCUCUUCCCUUUCACCAAAUGUCUCAUCUCCCCCUUAUCCACCUAAGCCAACCCCUCCUCCUCCCCAGUCCUACCACCCUGUCCCCUCCAGGACCUUUUCCCCCUCUUGCUCCCCCUCCCCACGGGUGACACCCCACUGUGGCACUGCGCUCAGUCCCCCGCAACGCCCCCCUCCAAAAGACCCACAGUUCUCACAGUAUGACUCUCCCAGCUAUUGCAGUUCCCCCUACUGGUACGGACAGACGUCUCACAGCAGCAGCCCAAGCCCACACUCACACAGCACACACUCAAAUACAGCCAUACACACUCAAAGUAACCAGCACACUAGUCCUCAUGGAAAUACACAUGGUAAUCCCCUCGCCAGCCCAAAUGCCAAUGCACAUGCUCAAAUUAACCAGACUACCCAUGACCAGACUACACACCAACACAAUACACAGCAACAUACAACACUGACUUCAAACACCAACACCCAUCCCACCUCACUCCUCCCAAGCAACCUCCUCUCCCACUCAAACGCUAAUGCCAACAACACACACACCAACUCCAGCCUUUCCUCUGGCACACACUCAAUCCCCAGUCCAAGCAUCCACUCACACUCAACUCCUGUGCUUUACGACGAGUGCAACAGUCCCUCAACCUUGUCCCCCCACAAACGGGAUCUGACUCCCCACCCCAUGAGCACAGGCCUCCGCCAGGGUCCAUUGUCUCACCCCCUAUACCCAAAACCUACCCUGGACUCCUCGCCCCAUCAGGAGGACAUUAGUGGCUUCUCCUUGUCCCAUCAACCCUACCAGGCUAUGGGACAGCGCUAUCCCUCCCAGGCAGCUCACGGAGGAGGUGUGCUGUGCCAGCUCCUGGACCCAACCAAUGACGACAGCUUCAGCGUUACCAGCCUGUAACAGCAGGUGCAUUCAAGCUUUUACAGAUUUGCAAACAUUUCUUUUCUUUUUUUGGUAAGGAAAUUUUUCUUUGUGAGAGACUGUGAAUUGAAGGGUGAGAAUUUAGCUGCCAGCUAUGGACAGUAAAGCUUUAAUUCUCCAGCACUGACAAUCAAGAUAAACAGCAACCUUGUACCUAAGCAUGGGCACACACAAAUGCACACAAACACAGUUACACACAAAUACAGACACGCAUGUGCAGAUUUACCCACUACCUAAACAUAAAAAAAUAAAAUCAUACAUGUGUACACUCACACUCUCUGCUGGAAUGAGGGAAUGGCCAAGAGGAGCUGACGAAUGAAUACCAGACGCUGACGGAUAGAGUGUAAACCCGUUUCCUCACCCCUUUGAGUCCUUCUGUGAUACAAAGAGGUCUCUUUAUCCCACAAGUCUGUAUCUCAACCAAUGUUUCUGGUCCUGUUCUGUACAUCUGCAAUAUUGAAAUGCUAAGAUCUCAAUGCUCUCUCUCGUUCUGUGUCUUUCCUGUGUUCUCUCUCAACCUCUCCUCCUCUGCUAAACCAGCAUAUGUGGUCUGCAUUUGACCUACACAAUACCUGCAUUUCUGUCUUUGUGCCCCAGCCUGCACCGUAUCUGAGCCCAAAUCUACUUUUUAAAUGCCAUGAGCCUAAAAAGCAUCCUGCUCUGUGCACUCUUUGUGUUGUGUACCAUAAGAGAAAAGUGGACUUAAACAGUUUCUGCUCUUGAAAAAUACCAGCAUCUGUACAUACAACUUCAGCUCCAAGUUAGGGGCUCCCCCUCUUCAAUCUGAAGGUCCAUCAUCAACACCCCCUCCUCAGAGCCCUGCAAUGGUAUCUCUGUGGGGGGAGAGAGAGAGAGGACUGCAGCAUGGAGACCCAACAUCCUGUGUUUUGCUGUUUUAACUACAAGGGAAAGAGACAUUGAAAUCACAAAAACGGCCCCAAAGAGACUGUUGUUUUCUGUGUGGGAAUGUGAAACUGAGAAGGGUGUGUUUGCGUGACUGCAGAAAUGCAUGUAUUUGUGUGUAUGUGCGCAAUUAUGUGAGUUUGUGUGCGUGCCUGUGGGGUCAAAAGGAGUGAAACAGCCUAGACACCAAAGUCUUGGCGGGGCCUCAUUCUUUCUUUCACUCUCUCCCUUCUUUUUUCUGUGGUCUUGUGUUGUUUGGUGGUUUUUGUGAUGAAAAAAAUUGUAUAUCUGUCUGUUACAUAUCAUGUAUGUAUCUGAGGUGCAAAAUAUUUAAAUA